AUCUAUGCUUCAUAGUGAAUUAAGCGCCAUUCUCACAGUUAGUCUGUUUUCGAUCUUCCAUUGCGCUGUAUCUUCUCAUACUGUUGGAGACCGCUCCUGAAUUUACCUUGACUUUCGUUACUGAAUAUUUGUAAAUACAAACUUUGUUAUCAUGGCAACAACACUGGUUACCGAGGAACUUCUCUACGAGGAGAAGCCUUUGUAUGUGCCAUCAUUGCAGGAACUAAAAGGAGUUAUCCAAAGUGCAUUGGCCAAAAAUUUUGAAACCGUAAGCGUAGAAGUGGGUGAUUGUCCUGACUUGAAGGAUUCUUUUUACGGUCUAGUGGAUUCCGGCUUGGGCGGUUCACCGCUGCUGCUCGAGAUUGGCGGCCCUCCAUUCCUGCUACCCCUCGUACAACGCUCCAAAGUGUACAACCUGAAAGAGAUCGUACAGAAAGCACUCCCCGGCGAAGGUAAAAUUUUAGCUAUUGGUGCCGGUGCUGGCCCUUUCCCGUUACGCAAUUCCAAUUGUGAGGGCAUCAUCAAUUUGGCUAUCGAUGAAAAGGGUGUCUUCAAAAAUGGCAGCUACACCGCCAAGGUGCAUGGUCCAGACGAGAAAUGUGUAUUAGAGCGCAUCCCCGAAAAUGAUCCACGCUGUGCAUUGCUGAUGAACUUAUUCAUAAGCCGUGGCGCUCCGGGGCCAGUCGUCAAGGUGAAAUGUAGCAAACGUAUUGGUGAGCUGAAUUUCGUCGAAUGCAUACGCUUGGGCUUGGCAGAGAACUACAAGGAGAAGUGUGUAGGCAUGGGUGGUAUUUUUGUGUUGAAAAAGGGUGCGGCACAUCAGCACGUUAUGCGUGAUUUCAGCAAAACGCCAUUGACCACAGAAGAGGAACUGAACGACUGGCUGAAAUUCUACAAUAUGCCAGCGCAGUUGAAUGCCUUGGGUACAUUGAUUACACAUGAAAAUGAUUUAGAUUUGCGUCUGCAACAUUUCCAUUCCUUCUCCAAGUCCAAUUGGGGUGGCCAUUAUCACUAUGACACAACACCCGAAGUAGUUGAAUACGAGGCUUAUUUGAACGUAGCCGAACGUGUGGUGCGAGUGGACCGUCCGUUGGAGACACAUAAAGUGGGUCGGGAUUAAGGACUUGCGCACAGAAGGGCUGUGCUGUAGAAAACUCAAAAACGUGCAUUUAAAAGGGCCUUGAAUUUAAAGCUUAUUUGUUUUUUUAGUUGUGAUUUUAUUUGUUAUAAAUUUUACCAUGAAAAUUUAUUUUGUUAAAU